AAAUUAGGGAAAAAAACAGGAAUAUUCUAAAAAGGGAAAAAUAUUACAACAAUACUGUGGGCCGGCCCAAUGAACAUUUGUACAGCCCAAAAGGAAAAUAUUACAAAAAUACCACUUGCCCUUACCUUCAGCCGCACGUCACAAACGGAGAGGAUGAAUGAAGCUCCAUCGAUGCAGUCGGCCACGCAACCAUAAUGAAACCAGAUCGAACGUAAAACAGCUGUAAAUCCCGUCGAAUUUCAAUAGGAAACGAUCAAAUCCAACGAUCUAAACAUAAAUUUUUUUAAAAAAAGAGCAGGACAACCGUGGAGAAACUGAAAUUCAACAUUUGAUUUCGGUUUUUAUAGUGCAAUAUCACUCAAACGAUCGUCGAAAAUUCAGAUUGAAGCAAUGUAAAUCUGUAUUGAACAGAUCUGGAGCUCCCCCUCAAAUCCAAAAAAAAGGUAUGAACUGAAUUUUUUUUUCAACAAUGAUACACAACAUUUUUAGUUGCAUUCUGGUUGAUUCAAUGGUGUGCAACAGGCAAUUCAUAUGGUAAAACCAAUAAACAAGAACUGAUUCUGAUUAAGGAAACAAGGGAUACUAAUAACUUUUUUUUAAUUUUUUUUGCGUUGGCUUACAGUUGCAUUAUCGUUUGAAAAUGGUUUAGAAAUCAUGAAGAAGUGUUAUAUGACAAGUACCAAGAGCUAGCAUAUAUACAAGGAAUUUAUUGUGGAAAAGAUAGAGGACAGAACAGUUUGAGAAAUGGAAUCAGGACAGGAAAUACAAUGCUUGAACAAAGGAACAGAGAUAGAAGAAAGGAAAGACAUUCCAUUCCUAGUCUUCUACAAUGGAAAAUUCGAUGAUCGAAUGAAUUAUGAAAAUUAUGAAGCCAGUGGACACUACAUUUCUGCCAAUUGUAACUAUGAAGAUUUGCAACAGAAACUCAAAGAUGCCCUGGAAUGCAACCAAGAAAACACUGUUUUGCAACUGAAAUAUCAAGUGAAGGAAGGAUACCAACCAUUGAGGAUAAAGGAUGAUCAAAGCCUGCAUUUCUACAUACAACUCAAACUGAAAGACCCCGACUUCACAACAUACCCAAUGUGUGUGAAUGUCAUCAACAACCCAACAACAACCAUCGAUGCAACAUUCUUUGGAAAUGACAAUUCAUUAAUUACACAUAGAAGCGCCUUCCAACCAAUCGAAUACAAUGCAGCAACAACAGAAGACUCAACAAAUCAACAACAUAUAAUUGAAGCAAGAGUACUGGAAUUUGGGGAAGAAAGUUUUGACUUCAUGGACUAUGCAAAACUUGUGGCAGAGGAAAUGGUUGAGCAACUGGAAAACAACAGAAAAAAAGGAACCAUAAAUCACAGAUUAUGACGAACUACUAAUCACAGAUCCGCAUCAUCCUGAAAUAGAAGAAGCACAAAUAUACAAAGACAAAGAAACACUGCAGAGUGUGCUUGGUUUCUAUGCAAUUAGGAACAACUUCCAAUUCAGAGUUAAAAAAUCAUGUGCAAGAACAUACAAGAUUUGUUGUUUGGAUCCAAAAUGCAAGUGGGCACUAACAGCAUCCAGAAACGGGCCAACAAAGUCAUUCAUCAUUCGAAAGUACGACAGAAAGGUGAUACACACUUGUGAUCUAAACAUCAGAUUUGCCGACAAGAGACAAGCUACAACGAAAUUGAUUGGAAACUACAUCAAGCCACGGUUCACCAACAUAAAAACAACUCAAACGCCACAA